GCAUUCUGUCUACGGAAGUGUCGCAACUCUCUCUUUAUAGGGCUGUGGCGGCGGCUAACAGACGGCUUGUCGGUGGGGAGAGGAUAGACCGAAACGAACGAAAAGUGACUUUACAGAUAAUUUAGAAGAACGUCGAUUUUUUUACAUCCUAUUAAAGAAAAUCUAAGAAGAAAGUCGGAGCAGGUGUUGGUGUGUUGUCCUGGUUGGAAAAAUAAAAAUCCUGUCACUUCAGUGUAGUUGGCAGAAAUGGAGUUUCCAGACUUGGGAGAGCACUGUUCUGAGAAAACAUGCAAACGACUAGAUUUUCUUCCAAUGAGAUGUGAUGCCUGCAAAGAGAUUUUCUGUAAGGAUCACAUAACCUAUGCAAAUCAUAAAUGUACAUCAUUUUACAAAAAGGAUAUCCAGGUCCCAGUAUGCCCAUUAUGUAACAUCCCGAUUCCCAUUAAGAGAGGAGAAAUGCCAGACAUUAAAGUUGGUGAACACAUUGACCGUGACUGCAAAUCAGACCCUGCACAACGAAAAAGAAAGAUCUUCACAAACAAAUGUUCUAAAGGUGGCUGUAAACAAAAGGAAAUGAUCCGAGUCGCCUGCGACCAGUGUCAUUUAAACUACUGUCUUAAGCAUCGACACCCGUUAGACCAUGAUUGUAAGACUGGUGGGAAACCUCUGUCCAAAUCUGGCAGAGUGAUUCAUAACGCCGUGUCGAGGGAGCUUGUAUCAGAACACCACCGUCACGUGACCAAUGACGUCAUCACUGCUUCGUUUCGCUCUGACUCCAUCACACUUUUACAGAUUUGA